GCUGAAAGUCAUCAGUGGCCUGGAUGCGGAUCUCACCAACAUGGUCAAGUUCUAUGAAGAAUUCCAGCACAUGGAAACGACCUGUUUGGUGUUUGAGAGGCUGGACAUGAGUCUCUAUGACCUGCUACUGCAGCGAGAGUGGGAGCACCAUCCUCUACAUGAGAUCCGCCCAGUUGCCAAGCAGCUCUUGGUGGCCUUGGAUGCCCUGAAGGGUCUCGGCGUCCUUCACACGGACAUAAAACCAGACAACAUUAUGUUCGUUAACAUGAAGGAUCAGCCACUCAGGGUAAAGUUAAUUGACUUUGGCUGCGCCAUGAUGGCGUCCCAAGUCGAGCUGGGGAUGGAGAUCCAGCCGUGUGGGUACAUAGCUCCAGAGAUCUCUCUGGGUCUUCCAUUCUCCGAGGCCGUCGAUGUGUGGGGGGUCGGGUGCGUACUGGCGUUCCUGUACCUGGCUCAAAACCUGUUCUCCGUUGAUUGCCAAUAUCAAAUGAUGAAGAACAUGGUGACAGUGCUGGGCCAGCCGCAGGACCACCUGCUCCGUGCUGGAAUGUACAGCGAGCAGUUCUUCAUCGAAGAGGAGGGUGAAGACAGUCCAUCAUGGAGACUGAUGGUAGUGUAAACAUGUUCUUCUAUGUUUGAGAAUUUUA